GGACCCGCGCCCGCCCGCGCCGGGGCGCCCUCUCCACUGCGCGCGGUACAAGGAAAUGCUAGAACUGGUGAUCUCACCCAGCCUCACUGUAAACAGCGAUUGUCCGCGCAAACCGAAGCUUAGCCGGGCCGACGCCGAUGUCUGGACUCUGAGUCAAGUAGAAGGCAUCACCACGGCAGCCCCUCCGAGUGUGUCUCAGCUCUUCUCCAGAUCUUGUCCACGUGUCCUGCCCAGCCAGCCUCCCACGGCCAUGGCAGCCUACGGCCAGACGCAGUACAGCGCAGGGAUCCAGCAAGCUGCCCCUUACACCGCUUACCCUCCUCCGGCGCAAGCCUAUGGAAUCCCUUCUUACAGCAUCAAGACAGAAGACAGCUUGAACCAUUCCCCCAACCAGAGUGGAUUCCUCAGCUACGGCUCCAGCUUCAGCACCCCACCCACUGGACAGAGCCCAUAUGCCUACCAGAUGCACGGCACGGCGGGCAUCUACCAAGGAGCAAAUGGCCUGACCAACGCAGCUGGAUUCGGAACCGUGCACCAGGACUAUCCUUCCUACCCUGGCUUCCCUCAGGGCCAGUAUUCCCAGUAUUACAGCUCGUCCUACAGCCCUCCGUACGUCCCGGCCAGCGGCAUCUGCCCCUCCCCCCUCUCCACGUCCACCUACGUCCUCCAGGAGGCCCCGCACAGCGCCCCCAGCCAGGGUUCUGACUUGCUUGGCGGGGAAUAUAACUCGCACAAUGGACCUUCCACGCCGGCGAAGGAGGGAGACACCGACAGGCCGCCCCGGGCCCCCGACGGGAAGCUCCGCAGCCGGUCCAAGCGGAGCAGCGACCCCUCCCCAGCGGGGGACAGUGAGAUCGAGCGUGUGUUCGUGUGGGAUUUGGAUGAAACGAUAAUUAUUUUUCACUCCUUACUCACCGGGACUUUUGCCUCCAGAUAUGGGAAGGACACCACGACAUCCGUGCGCAUCGGCCUGAUGAUGGAAGAAAUGAUCUUCAACCUUGCAGAUACGCACCUGUUCUUCAAUGACCUGGAGGAUUGCGACCAGAUCCACGUUGACGACGUCUCAUCUGAUGACAAUGGGCAAGAUUUAAGCACCUACAACUUCUCGGCCGACGGCUUCCACAGCUCGGCCCCGGGGGCCAACCUGUGCCUGGGCUCCGGCGUCCACGGCGGCGUGGACUGGAUGAGGAAGCUGGCCUUCCGCUACCGGCGGGUGAAGGAGAUGUACAACACGUACAAGAACAACGUCGGCGGCUUGAUAGGAGCUCCCAAAAGAGAGACUUGGCUGCAGCUCAGAGCCGAGCUGGAGGCUCUGACCGACCUCUGGCUGACCCACUCUCUGAAGGCGCUCAACCUCAUCAAUUCCCGGCCCAACUGUGUCAACGUGCUGGUCACUACCACUCAGCUAAUUCCUGCCCUGGCCAAAGUCCUGCUGUAUGGACUGGGCUCCGUGUUUCCCAUUGAGAACAUCUACAGUGCAACUAAGACAGGGAAGGAGAGCUGUUUCGAGAGGAUAAUGCAGAGAUUCGGCAGGAAAGCCGUCUACAUCGUGAUCGGCGACGGCGUCGAAGAGGAGCAGGGGGCAAAAAAGCACAACAUGCCGUUCUGGCGGAUAUCGUGCCACGCCGACCUGGAGGCGCUGCGACACGCCCUGGAGCUGGAGUAUUUAUAGCAGGACCCCGGCCUCGCCACCUGCCACCCCGGGCGCCCCCCACCCACCCACCGGGCCCUCGCCGCCCGGCCUUCCGCGCCAGAUGCCGGACACCGGACACCGGCCCUGCGGCCGAGGGGACGAGCCUGGCGACCGUCUCAGAAGCCGCCCUUGGGUCCCACGUGGGUCCGAGACGCAGAGCGCCCAGCUGUGGCCCUGGAACGUUUAACGCUGGAGAAAAGGGCUGUGACUCGGGGUCCAGGCUUUUGUAUGAGAUUCGCGGGGCACAAGCGAGUGAUUGCUCAUUUGGGGGAGGGCUGGCGGUGAGGAGGGGGACGGGCUCGGCUUUUAUUUUUCCUUUUUAAUUUAUGGACUAAGCUCACUACUCCGGCAUUAUGUCUCGUACCUGUGUUGUUGGUUUUCUUAGUCGUCGGUUUGGUUUGGUUUUCUAAACUGGCAUGGGGGGCGGGGCAGCUCUACCGUAAGCUCGCUCGGCCCCCAGUUGUGCUUCGGGGGGACAAUCAUUCCUUGAACAAUUGGCGGGGAGGCGAUUCGGGGCUGGUGGGAAAACUGUUGCUUAUUUUUGUUUUUAGGGACCAACCUGGUGUCAUGUGGAUAGUGCACGUGCCUUACGCCGCCCUCUUGUUUUCUCGGAGGGGGGGCCCUGGGGAGGAGGCGGUACUUUGUGACGGACAAAAGGCAUUAAAUAAACCCACGUUUACAUUUUGAA